GAGACCUAUUUUCUUUCAUUCUUCGAUCUUCAUAUCAGCUUAAAUCAGGUGUAAUUUGGCACGAUGUCGCAGUGGGGCCAGCCGGGAUUUCAGUAUCCUAUGUCCACAGGCUAUCCAGGUCAACAGCAGCAACAGUUUCAGCCUGGCCAGAAUCCUCAAUUUCAGCAGCAACCCGGUUUCCAGCCUGGAGGAAUGGCUGGUGGAGUUUUUAAUCCUGGUGGAAUUGCUCCACAGCCUACUGGAUUUUCAGGCGCACGACCACAGCAGGGUUACCAGCAGCCUCAACAGACAGGCUACAUGGGCCCUGGUCCCUCUAGACUGGGUGUCUUACAAGCUCAGCCUACGGGUUUCCCAGGUGGGAGUAGCUUUGCACAGCAGGCUCGUCCACAGCCUCCACCUGUCCCGUCAAUCCCAAGUCAAUUCCAGCAGCAGCCUCCGCCUGUCCCGCCAAUCCCAAGUCAAUUCCAGCAGCAGCCUCCACCUGUUCCGCCCAUUCCAAGUCAAUUCCAGCAGCAGCCUCAGUUACACCAACAAACCGGGUUCGCAAAUCCACAGGCACAUCGUUUCGGAGGUCCGUCACAAUUCGGUGGAAACCCAGGCCUCGUACCUCAGCCGACCGGCUUUGUGGGUCGUACUGCUGCGCCCUUGAUACCCCAAGUAACUGGCUUCGUAGACCCGCGGUUGCAGAUGAUGUCUAACUCGUUCUUACCUGCCAAUAUCUCUGCACCAUAUAGUGCGGGAGGAAUGCCCCAGCUUGCUGCCCCUCCCCAGCAACAAUUGGGUCUUUCUUUACAGCAAUCCUUCCAGCAACAUAAUCAGGCACGAGGCAUAGGGUCUACACCCAAGAUCCCAUGGACGCUCUCCAAGGCCGAAAAGAAGCAAUACGACCAGAUUUUCAGAUCAUGGGAUGCCCAAGGCAGUGGUUUCAUCAACGGUCAGACUGCACUCGAGGUCUUUGGCCAGAGUGGAAUCGAUAAGAAUGAUCUGGCUCGCAUCUGGACCCUUGCUGACACUGAUAACCGCGGCAAGCUCAACCUUGCUGAAUUCCAUGUCGCAAUGGGCCUCAUCUACCGCAGUAUGUCCUUGAAUUUUCUUAUUUGCUUCACACGACUGACGCAACACUAGAACUCAAUGGCAAUGACAUACCUGACGAACUCCCAUCCGAACUCAUCCCUCCUUCCUCCCGAGAUCUUGAUGGCUCUGUUAAUUUCCUUAAGGACAUUCUCAAGAACGAUACACGCGCUCGCUCUCCAUUGGGUCUCGACACUCCUGUCUCGCGUCUUAAAGAGCGCUCGUUUAAUUCUACAUCUGCACCAGGUGCUGGCGGACGACAAGAUGCUACAGUCUACAAGCACA